GUGAGUUUAUCGUACCCUCCUGGACACUGGGUGGCAGUGUGGUCGAUUGGAUGAUGUCCAGUAAUGGCGCAAAAGAAGAAGAAGUAAACAGAUCGGGAAGAAGACGGAAGUUGAGCAAAGGAAAGCGUUCGUAUGAUUGAUUUCUUUGUAGAGGCUACCCGGAUAAAAGAUCUUUAACAAUGGUGAAAAUUUUUGUGGGAAAUCUCCCCCGGGAGGCAGACCAAGAUGAAAUCAAGGCACUCUUUACCCAGUACGGCACAGUCACAGAAUGUGCCAUCAUCAAGAACUAUGCCUUCGUCCACAUGGAUGACCGCAAGGCUGCCACCAAAGCUAUUAAGAGCCUGCACCUCUACAAGCUUCAUGGCACACCGAUCAAUGUAGAGGCCAGUCACGGGAAGAACCAGGGCUCUGUCAAGCUGCAUGUAGCCAAUGUAGAGAAGGGAUCUGAUGAUGAGCUCCGUGCUCUCUUUGAAGAGUACGGCACUGUCACUGAGUGUGCUGUUGUCAAGAAUUUUGCUUUUGUACAUAUGUCAAACUAUGAUGAGGCCAUGGAUGCCAUCAAGGGACUGGACAACACAGAAUUUCAAGGCAAACGCAUCCAUGUCCAGAUUUCCAAGAGCCGUCCCAGACAUGACGAACGGGAUGACUACCCCCCUCCUCCUCCAGACAGAGGGGGCUACUGGCCCCCACGCUAUCCUGGAGAGAGGCAUGAGCCGCCACCGCCUAGCUACCUGAGGGGCCGCCUCGGCCAUAUACCUCCAGGUUACCCAGCCCCUCCUUUGCCACCCCCACCCCCUAGACGAGCUGUUUAUCCUGACCGUCCCUACGAGGGUGAGAGGGACAGAUACAGUGUGGUAGAUUACUAUGAGAAGUACAGAGCCCGUCCGUAUGGCAUCGCUUCCUACGAAGACCAACGUCCUGGCGCCCCUCCACCUCCCCCGCCCCCCUCAGCCGUUGUCCGUGACCGUCUUAUGACCUCGUCGCUUGACCCGUAUGAGCGUCGGCCCCUCCCACCUCCUCCGUCUUCGUACUACGCCCGAGAUCGCAGCCCCCUCAGGAGAGCGCGAUCUCGACUCUCCCCUGUAUCCCGGGUCCCGGCAUACGGAGUUCCUCGUGCCAGGGACCCCUACGCAGAACGGCUGCCUCCGCCACCGCCUGCACGCUACGCUUAUUAAGCAAGGCCUCUGCAUUUGAAGGAUCGUCGUCCGACUGCGUCGCCGCUCGCCACCUCCUGAUGCACGUGACACUAUCCUCUUCCUGUCUGCGGCUGAGCGCGUUACGUUCCCCUGAGAUGCUCACAGGAGGAACCGAAUUACCGACGUCCACGUCUGUUUUGGUUUUUAUUAUUUUGGGACAGUUUUUACUCGCAUUUUUUUCCCCUGAUUGUUUUAGGUUAUUAUUGUGCUGUAAUAUUUUUAAUGCUUGACGUCUGAGUUAGGCGGGGUUUUUCUUCUUUCUUUUGCCUUUACGUUUGAAUAAUUAGUGUUAUGAUGUGUGUGACCUUUAGAAAGCUGAAUUAUUUUCAACGGCAGUUUCUGGGCGAUACUUGUUAACUGUAGAUUUACCUGACCUGAGUUAUGUUUGGUAUUAAAUCUAAUCUGCACGUUGGUUCCAUCAUGUUCAGAGUUUCCAUCAAAAACCAAACUAUAUGGCGUUGCUGUGAAUUAAACACAUGUAGGAAGUAACUGUCAGUAGCGCAGUUAACCUAAAACCGUUCACAUGUACCUGUCCAUUGUCAGACUUUUUUAAAAAAUUUAUACGGAUUUGUGCAGUAGCAAUGGUCACAGCUGUGCUCACAGACAUGCGCUCAAACAUCAGUGUAACCGCUUGAGCUGAGUCAAAUACUCUGCUAGGAUCUCUCAAAUAUAUAUUAAAUGGCUCUCCGUUUGUGAUGAAGGCACGUGCAACAAACUGCGUCACGCUGGUCUCUGGUCUUGUCUGAAAUGCUACAGCUUCUAUCAUUCAUCAGCGUACCUUUUAGCUAGACCCCUUCAGUGCCAGAGUUAAAAAUUGUUCACUUUACAUCAUGUGUGAAAAAAGGCGUAACACACACCAGCCAUACUUAACCAGGUGAGAUCUCAUAGACUAGUUUACCUUGGAUCUGAGAUGACUUCUGGUUACUGGAGACCUUCAGAGGCAACAGGUAAGUCACAGACUUUAAGGACUACUCAAGCAGAAACUAAUGCAGACAGCACAUGCUCACAUUUAACUGUUUUUAUAGGGAAAACAUUAUUACUUCUGUACUAUAGAGCUUUGUAACAGUGGAAGUGAACUUUUGUUAUUUAUAGGUCCUGCAGUGAUUGUUUUUUCUCUAUCUGUACACAAAACUUACUGUAAAUGCUCUUGAUAGUAUUUUAAGUUGCAUGUAUAGUUGACUGUUUUUCAGACACCGCCAGCUUUGGGGAAAAUGUUUUUCGUCUUGAAAAUUUGAGCUGCGUUGAGGACAGCUCGGUGUGGCUUAGCUGGACGAGAGAGGAUUUCAACUGUACUGCUAUUUUGGAUUUUGAUCUGCACAAAUAAAGUGAAAUAACACAGG